CCGUUUUCGCUCCUCUAUAAAAAGCACGUGGGUCAGCCCUGUUCUUGAGUCACAUCGUCACAUCAUAUGUAAAACACGCACACACACCAAUCUCUGGGGUGAUGAAACAUUACAACUUUUUCAACAUUACAACGUGAGAUUUCAUAAGUAAAACUUUCACAAGUAUUACUCAAAUAAUGUUAUGUGCAUAUAUUGUUCAUUGAGGAUGUACGUGCAAUUAUAAAAAUAAAAAGGCUUCAAUAUAUAGGCCUACAUAACCCUCUUUUAGAAUAAAAACCAUGUUAGAUCAUAUGGCGAGUCGAUUAUUACAUUAGGUACAUCGAAAUUGGGUUUUUCCGACAAGACAUUUACGUUGUUAACGAAAAAUGUUCAGCUCUUUUGAAAUAUGUGCGGCUGCGCAGUGACUACUAAAGACGGAGGACAAAUAUACACACACGAGGUCGCUAUCUCACCAAGUUCAGUCAAAGACUAUUAUGGUUCAGCAGCCUAUAGACAAUACACAGACACACCACAGUCUAUGAGACACACCUGCCUACCUACAAUAAUGUUUACAUAUGAGAUAGUUUCUGUCAAAUAACCACAAUUACAAUCAUCCUUUGGUAAGAUGAUUUUGAAUCUUAUUUUCCUGGGGGUCACGCUAUAAGAAAAUUAUCCAUCCAUCCAUUCUCCUUUCCAAACCGCUUAUUUAUCCUCUUUAGGGUCAAGGGAGGGCUGGGGCCCUUUUAUAGGUUAUAUAUAUAUAUAUUAGGGGAGACCGGGGAUGGUUGUAACACUUUUUGCAGGCUUGGUGGGCCCAGAAACUGCAUAGGGCGCAUUUCACCCAAAACUCAUCAGAUUCUUUACUUAAAACACUGGCGGAGACACCUCUGUCAGUCUUUCUUUUCCAUGUCCUAGUCAUUCUGUAAAAACAUUUAAAUCAAGAAAAUGAUGUUGUAUGAAAGACAAUGGCUGACAGGGGCAGGGAUGGUUGUAAUGGUGGGAAAAUGCAUCACAUAUUGCCUAAGAAACUAUUAUUUAAUCUAAUAUAAGUCAUACAAUUUUAUCUGCAUUAGUAUAUAUACUAAACAAAAUAUAGUCUUGGUCAAAAUUUUACUUUCUUACCUCAAAAUCUGUUUUUUCCUCUAUAUAUUCUGAAUGUGCCUGUUUCCAGCCUUGAGAAUCAGCAUGUGGGAUCGGAGAGAAAGUAGGAAAAUACUCAAGUGAUCAAAUGACUCCUAUCUUGUCCCUAAUUGGUGGAACUGGUUGUAUUACAACCAUCCCCGGUCUCCCCUAUAUAUAUAGGCUAUAUAUAAUGAAUUAUAUAAACAUGAAAAUAAAUAUGAAAUAUUUUCUCAUCAGAACUUCGAAACCACGUUCAGUUACACAACAAAGAAAAGCAAACUCGUUUUUAAGCAGCUUUUAUUAAUGACAAGAAUUUGUGGCGUGCGCACAAAUGGGUGUGACCAAAGGGAGCUUACAGGUGCGCGCGCUCUUACUUGUGAACCCAUCGCACUUCAGCAAGCAGAGUUAGUUCGCGAGAUGCGUCAAUAAUUGUGAAACAUUCGUUUCCGUGUGAUUCAGAUAAUUAUAUUUCAUUUAAAUUAUUUUUUAAAUCUUAUUUUUCGUGUUCUUUUUCGAGUUUUUGGGCAGAUUGCUGAACAGCGUAUUUGGCGGUCAUUGUCAGAUAAGUAGCCUACCUUUGACAGCCUUUAAUAGCUUUAACAUAAACUGUAAUUAAUGGAUCGUUUAAAGUUGGUUUUACAAUAUUUCCAGUCAAAUUCUGAGUCCAUCUCCAAUGGUAUCUGUAUAAUACUGUCACUGAUAAGCGUCAAGUUAUAUACAAGUUUUGAUUUUAACUGCCCCUGUUUACCGCAAUACAAUAAGAUGUACGCAAUGGGGGUCAUGUUCGUACCCCCAAUUAUACUGUUCCUUUUGGGAGUGUUAGUUAAUCGUCAUACAGGGGUGCUGAUGGAAGAGUGGGUCAGACCCCUGGGCAAGAGGACAAAAAAUCCGGCAGUGGUAAAAUUUCUGCUGUCUUCAAUGAUGCAAAGGGCCCUUCUGGCCCCCAUGGUCUGGAUUCUGAUGACACUCUUGGAUGGAAAAUGCUUCAUCUGUGCAUUUAGUAUGAAUGUAGACCUUAAAUAUUUUACAGGAAUACCUAACAGCACCGACCUAGAACUAGUCAAGAUCAUGGCUAAGGUGCCUUGCAAAGAAGAUGUUAUCUUCAAAAACAGCAGUUUUCGUAAAGCUGUUUCACGCUAUGUGCGUUGUUAUUCUCAAGCAAUAGGCUGGUCAAUCCUCCUCUUCUUCAUUUUUUUGGGAGCUGUGGGUCGCGUCAUCAAGCCUUGCUUCAAUCACGCCACUUUUCUGCAGACUCGUUACUGGAGCAAUUACCUGGACAUUGAGCAAAAGCUCUUCGAUGAGACUUGUGUCCUUCAUGCCAGAGAUUUUGCCAGAAAAUGCGUGGUGCAGUUCUUUGAGAGCAUGCGAGAAGAUGUGACCGUGAGAAUGCCCCUCUCGAGUGCACUCAGACCCAGCACAAUCCAAAAUGAAUAUGAAGAGGAAGAAGAGGAGCGUCUGCAUGGUAUAACCAGACAAGAUCAGGUGGAUCAUUUGCUUCAAACCUGGUACGAGUGCAAACCAGAACUGGAUGUGACCAAGAUGGCCUAUAAGCCCAAAGUAUGCAUCACUUGGGAAGAUCACAAUGGAAAGGCAUUAUUCUCUGAUGUGUAAGAGGAAAAGCAGAUCUUACCUCUUUAGUAAGGAUUUAUGCAAAUAAGUGACAUGCUAAUAAAGGUAUUGGAUAUUAAUGAAGAUAAUGAAAAAUGUUAUUAAAUCCUAAAAUUUUAAUGAAUUGAGGACUAAUUAACUGAUUAUUGUUAAAAGGUUAGUUCACCCAAAAAUGAAAAUUCUGUCUUUAAUUACUCACUCUCAUGUCGUUCUACACCCGUGAGACCUUCGUUCA